AUGGUUAAAGUUACUGUUUGUGGUGCUGCUGGUGGCAUUGGCCAGCCUCUUUCUCUUUUGUUGAAACAAUCCAACCUCAUUUCUCAUCUCGCUUUAUACGAUAUUGUCAACGCUCAUGGUGUUGCUAUAGACCUUAGUCAUAUUGAUACGAGCAGCAAGGUCACAGGCCAUGUUGGUCCCCUUGAAUUAGAAGAAGCGAUCAAAGAUGCCGAUAUCGUUGUCAUUCCAGCAGGUGUACCUAGAAAGCCUGGCAUGUCCAGAGACGAUCUCUUCAAAAUCAAUGCUGGUAUCGUCAGAGAUCUUGCUGUAGCAGCAGCCAAUUAUGCUCCCAAAGCGCUCAUAUGUAUCAUUUCAAACCCUGUUAACUCCACUGUCGCUGUUGUUGCUGAAGUGUUCAAGAAAUACGAUGUAUACGAUCCUCGCAAAAUCUUUGGAGUCACUACACUGGAUCUCGUGCGUUCAUCAACUUUUUUAGCCGAACUCUUGGAAGCAAAUCCUAGACAAGUCAAUGUUCCUGUGGUUGGUGGACACAGCGGCGUUACCAUCAUUCCUCUCUUAUCUCAAGUACCUGGCACAGACAAACUGUCUGAAAAGCAAUUGGAGGAUCUGACCAAACGCAUCCAAUUUGCCGGUGAUGAAGUGGUGAAAGCCAAGAACGGUGCAGGUAGUGCCACGUUAUCGAUGGCUUAUGCUGGCGCUCGAUUUACGCUCAAUCUCAUUGAAUCUGUCUUUCAUGGUGUUACUCGCAUUGAAUGUGCCUAUGUCAAUCUUGCAUCUGAUCCCGAAGGAGCUCAAUUUGUUCAUCGUAUUGCUGGUGAAGAGAUGGAGUACUUUUCUGUGCCUCUUGAAUUUGGCCGUGAAGGUAUUCAGCGUAUUUUGCCUCUUGGUAAAAUGUCUAGAUUGGAAUAUCAACUCUUGACAUCUGCUGUUCCAGAGCUGAAGAGCAAUAUUGUAAAGGGUGUCUCAUUUAUCACAGAUGACUCAAAAUUGUAA